AACAAUUAACAAGAACUCAACUAGGGAUUUCGAAUCAAUUCUCUGAAUCCCUCCUCUCCUGACCUUCACAGCGAAGAAGAAAUUGGCUGACUGGAAGGUCUUCUUUAAUCAAGUCUUUGGCAUUUCUACUGAAUUUGAGUUCGAGAUUGAGUUUAUUCUCAUAAAUAAUUCAGCUUUAUCCUCUCGAUCUCUCCUCUCUUCUUGCUCGUUCUUAAGAUAAACACUACUCGUCUCCCUUAUCCACAUUCUCCAUCCCAGAACUUGUUUUUCAGGCUUUGAUGGAUCUGGAGACAGAGAACAGAAUAGCUACAAUUCUUCUGAAAGAAGCAGCAGAACUGCGGCGACAAGCUGAGAAGGAAGGUGUGCAUGUUUAUCUUCAAAAACCUCAAGUAAGGGGUCGCCCAAAUUCCCGGUUCCUCACAGCAACUGUUCUUGGAGUGCAGCAAGCAAAUCGAGCUGUGGAAGUCAAUGAGAUGUGGCGAAUACGGCAAAAAGAGCUCGAGCUAGAUGAUAGGCUUAAAGGGAGAUCAAGACAUGAGAAUAGCAGCAGCACAAGUAAGAGGCAUGCUACUGUUGAUGACAACACUGGUGCAUCAUGUUCCUCAAGUAAAAGAAUAUCUGGGAACUGCUAUUCCAAACAAGAUGAAGGUUUAAGGGAUGAUGAGGUUGAGGAAUUUUUGCAUUCGAGGGUCAAGCGGGGUCGAGGUGCAGUAGGUUCAAGGAUGGAUGAAACAGGUCCUUAUCUUUUGCCUUGUACAGAAUCCAAGGAAAAGCCAUCCACCAGCCUGGACUUGAGGGAACAUCGUGUUGUUCUGGGUCCAGAGAAACCCUCAUCAGUAAAGUCUUAUGAAUCUUCUGAGGAGGAGCUUGAUGAAGAUAGGCGGAAGAAGGCAAAGAAGGCUCAGUCGAGGAGUUCAGAUAAGCACUCUAAGAAGCAUAGAAAGAAGGAAAGGUCUAGGGAUAAGAAAAAGAGCAGAAAGGAGAAAAGAAACAAACGCUAACAUACAAAUGGCAACUACGUGGCCAAGUUGAACGUGAUGCUGAAAUUGCAAUAAAUGAGGUCCAUGAGGAUGUGCAACCAUAGAAUUGCCCAAAGUUUCUUAUUCAAAAUUGUACUGAAACUUAGGAAGAAAUGAAUAUUUGCAAGGCUUUUUGCAUUGAUCCACUGUUAAGUCACUGCUCAUUUAAUGCUUAUUGCCCAACAGAAUCAGCUUGUGAUCAA